AUGGAGCAUAUACUGCACAUGAAGUUGGACAAGUUAAUUGAAGAAGCUUCGAUCAAAUUGCACGAGCCUGUGCACGAUACUGAAUCGCUCAAUCGAUGGAAGAUACAGAUGUUCACUUUCAUCAAUACAAUCGCCGAGCUCCAGCUACCUUCUUCGCCACAAGUUAGUCAAGAAAAACCGUCGCUUGAUCCUGUCGACUGGUUAUCAGCUCGAUGUGUGGCACAUCAAAUGCUUGAUGCAUCGCUGGAUCAUAUUCAAUCUAUACGAGAUCGACCUGUCUGGCGACCGAUCCCAGAUGAUGUUCGCGCAGCACUCGAGAACGAACCACUUCCCGAACAAGGUCGAUCCCUCUCGGAUGUCUGCCGCGAUGUGUCCACUUACGUGAUACCUUAUGCCUCUACGAAUAUACAUCCUCGUUUUUUCGGCUGGGUGAUGGGUGCAGGCACUGUGGGCGGUGUACUAGCCGAUAUGAUAGCAGCAACACUAAAUACAAAUAACGGUGGGGGCACUCAUACUGCUUCGCUUGUCGAGCGAACUGUCGUUCAGUGGAUGCGUCAAUUGUUUGGUUUCCCGGAAGCAAGAACCGGUGGAAUACUCGUCAGUGGAACAUCCAUGGCGACUGUGAUCAGCAUGGCAACAGCUCGACGACGGGCGCUAGAGAAUAUCAGACAAGAUGGACUUGUCGGUGGACCGCAACUGGUUGCUUAUGCAUCGACGGAAGUGCAUGGAUGUGUUGCCAAGGCAUUUGCGCUGUUGGGACUCGGGUCAAAAGCAUUGCAGCUUGUACCGGUUGAUGAUAACUUUCGGAUUAAAGUCGACGAACUAAGAAUGAGAAUUAGAAGUGAUCGCGAUAAGGGCCGUGUCCCCUUUUGCAUAAUUGGAAAUGCAGGUACGGUGAAUACAGGCGCGUUCGACAACCUUCUCGAACUUGCAUCGAUCGCUCGUGCAGAAAACAUCUGGUUUCAUGUGGAUGGAGCUUUUGGUAGUAUGGUCAUUCUCGAUCCUCAACGUCAACAUCUUGUUGCGGGUAUUGACCAAGCUGAUUCGCUUGCAUUUGACUUUCACAAAUGGCUGCACUGUCCGUACGAUGCUGGCUGUGUGCUCAUUCGCAACAUCGCGGAGCUAGAGUUUACUUUUUCAGAACAUCAGUCAUAUUUGGCCAGAACUAAGCAAGGCUGUAUGGGUGACGAGCCUUGGUUCUGUGAUUUGGGCCCUGAUUUAUCCCGUUCCUUUAAAGCACUGAAGGUCUGGUUUACACUUAAAGAACAUGGCACUGUGAAGCUAGGUCAAAAGAUUGCCGACAAUUGUGAACAAGCUCAAUACUUAGUGUCAUUGCUAGAGAAACAUGAGCAUAACAUUCGUAUAGUGCGUCCUAUUUCCCUGAACAUUGUCAACUUUCGAUUUGAACCCGAAGAACUCGACAAAACCGAUCACGAGCUGAUUGAUACGUUUAAUGAAGACAUUAUUACUAAUAUUCAAACAUCUGGCAUUGCACUUCCAACAUCAACACAUAUCCACAAUCGACUCUGCGUUCGCGUUGCAAUCGUCGGUCAUCGAACUACUUGUAAAGAUUUAGAAAUACUUGUUAAGACUCUUUUGGAGUUCUAUCAAACUCGACUUCUAGUUCAUAUUCGAGAGAGGGAAUGA